GGGGGUAGAGAGCGCGGCGGGGCGCCUCCGCCUGCCUCCUUCCCUCCUCCUCCGGCAGGCUUGGGUGGAGGAAGGAGACCGGUAUGGUUGAAAACUCCCCAGCCCCGUUGCCAGAAAGGGCAAUCUAUGGGUUUGCCCUUUUUUUAGGAUCUUCAUUUGGCUUUAUGUUGUACCUUAUCUGGGCAUAUGUUCCUGAGACUUGGCUGUUCUCCUUGGGACUAACAUACUGGCCUCAAAAAUACUGGGCAGUUGCUUUGCCAGCGUACCUACUAGUUGCUAUAGGAAUUGGUUAUAUAUUACUUUUUGGUAUUAACAUGAUGAGUACAGCUCCUCUUAACUCCACACAUACUAUUACAGAUAACUAUGCAAAAAAGCAGCAACAGAAGAAAUUUCAAGAAGAAGCAAUACCAGCAUUGCGGGAUAUUCCCAUCAGUGAAGUAAAUAGAAUGUUUUUCCUUCAUGAGAAGGGAAUCUGCAAUAGCAGAUAGUCAUUAUUAAGAUCUGUUUGAAUAAAGGAUUAGUAGAAGCAUUACAUUAGGAAAAAUAAAACAAGCUAAAAAAACCCCCCUCUUUCUGCUUGUAGAACAAAGCUUGCUUUUUUUUUUUUUUUUCUGAAUUUCUAACUAAAUUAGUAUUAACGCAUUUCAUUGAGAUGGCUUGAUUUUAUUAUGCGGGCACCUUAAUAACCUGCAUUGGUAUGAGAAUUAUGCCAUGUUAAUUUAUCUAACCAUUCUUGUGGGUUUAAAAUAGUGUUCUAUUGCUUGUAGAUUUCCGCUUGUAAUUUCCUUAUGAAAGUCAAAGAAAUAGCUUUUGGACAUAGCUUAAUUCUAUUUCCCUUUGAAUUUGGGGAGAGAAAAUGUGUUCCACUAGUCAAGUGCUUGAGGAUCUUUUUUUAUUACAAGUUAUGUUACUUUGGAAUGUUUAUAUUGUAAAUAUACAAUUUUAAUUUGUAAAUACUAAUAAAAUGUAGCUAUUU